GCCGGAGCGUGCGCGGUGCUGCGUUGGCUGGGAUCGCUAUGGCAGCGGCGUCGCUGUGGGCCCGGCUUCCGUACUCGCAUCGGGGCCCGGCCGUCUCCGCAGCCUCCAGUACCGCGGCUUCUCGGGCAUGAGCGGGGUCUCCCGCCGCGGCCCGCUACCCUGGCCGCCGCUGCCGCCGCAUCCCAGCUUUGGGCCGGCGCCGGGAACAUGCCCCUGGCCGCCUACUGCUACCUGCGGGUCGUGGGCAGGGGCAGCUACGGGGAGGUGACGCUCGUGAGGCACCGGCGGGACGGCAGGCAGUAUGUCAUCAAAAAGCUGAACCUCCGAAACGCCUCUAGCCGAGAGCGGCGCGCUGCUGAACAGGAAGCUCAGCUCCUGUCUCAGUUGAAGCACCCUAACAUUGUCACCUACAAGGAGUCAUGGGAGGGAGGGGACGGUCUGCUGUACAUCGUCAUGGGCUUCUGCGAAGGAGGUGAUCUGUACCGAAAGCUCAAAGAACAGAAGGGGCGGCUUCUGCCUGAGAGUCAGGUGGUGGAGUGGUUUGUUCAGAUCGCCAUGGCUCUGCAGUAUUUACAUGAAAAACACAUCCUUCACCGAGAUCUGAAAACUCAAAAUGUCUUCCUGACAAGAACAAACAUCAUCAAAGUGGGUGAUUUGGGAAUUGCCCGGGUGUUAGAGAACCACUGUGACAUGGCCAGCACUCUUAUCGGCACACCUUAUUACAUGAGCCCUGAACUGUUUUCGAACAAACCCUACAACUAUAAGUCUGAUGUUUGGGCUCUGGGAUGCUGUGUUUAUGAAAUGGCCACCCUGAAGCAUGCUUUCAAUGCAAAAGACAUGAAUUCUUUAGUUUAUCGGAUUAUUGAAGGAAAGCUGCCGCCGAUGCCGAAAGACUAUAGUCCAGAACUAGCAGAACUAAUAAGAACAAUGCUGAGCAAAAGGCCUGAAGAAAGACCCUCUGCGAGGAGCAUCCUGAGGCAGCCUUACAUAAAGCGCCAAAUCUCUUUGUUUUUGGAGGCCACAAAGGCAAAGACCUCCAAAAAUAAUAUUAAAAAUGGUGACUCUAAAUCGAAACCUGUUGCUGCAGUGGUUUCUGGAAAGGCUGAAUCAAAUCAUAAAGUCUUUCCCCUCCAGCCUCACUCUUCUGAGGGCUCCAAGACAUAUGUAAUGGGUGAAGACAAAUAUUUGUCCCAGGAGAAACCCAUGGUCACUGGCCCCUUGAAGUCACCAGCAAGUCUGAAAGUCCACACCUCCAAGCUGGACGUGAGCAAUACUGCAGAAUCACUAGCCACGAUCAGUAGAGUGAAUAUUGACAUCCUACCUUCAGAAAGGAGGGACUCACUGAAAGAUGGCUUAGUUCGGGAGAAUGAGCUAGAAGGUAAAUGUGGUAUUUCUCAAGUGAAGGAGAAGCUACAGGAUGGCACGAAGCCCAGCACUCACCCCAGAAACCUGAUUCCCACAUGGUCCUCUGGUGAUGUCGCUGGGGGAAGGAAUGACCGACUGAAUCCUCUGCAACCCCUAAACACAGACCAAAAGCCAAAAGACCAGGAUCAAGUUGCUGGUGAAUGUGUUCUAGAAAAACCAGACAGGACCAACCCAGGUUUACAGCCACACAGCUCCGGGUCUGAGCCUUCCCUCUCUCGACAACGACGACAGAAGAAAAGAGAACACCCUGAACAGAGUGGGGAAAGGACACAGGUCAGCGGAGAUCUCUUUGAAUUCCAAGAGGCUCCUCCUCGACUUUUGCCUUCUCUUCCCACUAUUGGAAAAACGGAUAUCACAUUAUCACAAAAAGAUGCUGAAAAUCAAAGUAAAGUGGUCAUUGGGUCUACUGUGAGCUGUUCGAGCAGCAGGGAGGUGCCAUCAUCCAAGGAUCGACCAUUAUCAGCAAGAGAGAGGAGGCGACUAAAGCAGUCACAGGAAGAGGUGUUCCCCUCAGGCCCUUCAGUGAGGAGAGCUUCUCUGAGUGCAUCAGGACCAGGGAAACCACCAGAGGAAGGCCAGCCCACCCCUGGCCGAUGGUUGUCUUCUGACUGCUGUGCGGCUCAGGGAAGGAAAGUCAUCCACUGUCUCUCCGAGGAUGAAUUAAGUUCUUCUACAAGUUCAACUGAUAAGUCAGAUGGGGAUUCCAAAGAACGGAAAGGUCAUACAAAUGAAAUGAGUGACUUGGUCCAACUGAUGACUCAGACCCUAAAAUUAGACCCUAAGGAGAGCUGUGAAGAUCUCCUCGUUCCAGAUCCAGUGUCAGAAUUUAAACUUCAUCGGAAGUAUCGAGAUACGCUGAUACUUCAUGGGAAAGUUGCAGAAGAAGCUGAGGAACUCCAUUUUAAAGAGCUACCCUCUGCUAUCAUGCCAGGUUCUGAAAAGAUCAGAAGAAUAGUUGAAGUCUUGAGAGCUGAUGUAAUCCAGGGCCUGGGGAUUCAACUUUUGGAGCAGGUGUAUGAUCUUUUGGAAGAGGAGGAUGAAGUGGAAAGAGAGAAGAAGGCCUUUACUCAAUUAGUGAAAGUAUCAAUCCAUACCCACAGAUGUUGGAAUUCCUUUGACCUUGGCAUAUGAGUGAAACCUAAUUGUUAGUCUUUCCUGGAUAGCCUCCAGUUCCUUGAUUGCCUGGGAGAGCAAGUUUGUGGUUGAAAGGAUUGUUUUUAAGACAUACUUCACAGGCUGAUACUACUUUCAGAACUCUCUUUGACAAAUUUUUUUCCCAGUAAACAUCCUUUGGGUCAUUUGAUAAGUUUUGCCCCUCCCUAAAUGAAAGGCCUGAUCCUGUGUUUUAAUGAUCUUUUAUUUCUGUGAGCUUGGUAAUAGUAAUUGCUUUGCUCUGUUGUAACCAAGGGCUGGAGACGGUGGUAUCUAGGAGUCAGACCCCAGUUUAUUUAUUUAUUUUUUUGGGAGUCUCCUUUAAUAAUUGAUAUAGUAGGCAAACUAUUUUUCUGAACCCUGGUAUCUACAGUCUACCAUAUCCAGUAAUUUCCAACAACUCACAUAAUUGUUUACCCGUCCUGGAGUUGGUAGCACCAUAGUCUCUAUUUUAGUUAUAAUGUCCCUUUCUAGCAAGGGAGUAAGACUCUCUGGCAUUAUCAGGAAAGAAUGAGAAAAAAAAUUAGGUUUCCCCACAUACAUCCCAGGGGCUGAGAGAAAAAUUUAGUUAGCAGUUUUCCGGAGAUACCUCUGAUCGUCAUGCUGCGUUUGGAUAGUUGGCCUGGAGUGGAAAGGAGGUCAGAAAAGGUAGCUCUGGUGUUAAGAAGGAAAUCAACCAGUUUUCUUUCUGUAUUUACCUGAGUUACCCGAGGCUCUGGGUUUCUGAUAGACAGUUUGUUUAGGGGAGCCACCAUGAAGAGCCCCAGACUCCAGUUAGUCCCUUCCAGGGACAUUGGUUAUCUGAGCCCUCACAGAUAGAGGUCUCCGAGGGCCUUCAGAUCUCCAGUGAUUGUCUCCACAGAAGGGGCAUGGCUUAUGGGGUUUUCAUUUUGGUUGUCCCCUCUGAGGACAUUCUCAUCAUUUUAGUGCUCUGAAUGGCCAUAUAAAUGGCACUUGGUGCCAGGACCUCGGGAAGUCUGGUCUGACGUAGUACGGAAGGCCACCACUAAGGCCUCAGAUUUUUUUUUUAAGCCUCCUUUUCUGUUUUUUGUUUUGUUUUGUUUUGUGUUUUGUUUUGUUUUGUUAAUUUUGGUUGUAAUAUACUCAAUUGGCAACUUGUAAGAGUUCCUCCAGGGUCCCUUCAAGGCCAACAGCCAAUUUUUGCAUUUUCUCUGAAUAUCUAGGGCUGAUUGAGUGACAAAUUUGUCCUUUCAAACCAUCUCAGCCUUAGGGGUGUCAGGGGAGAUAGCCAUAUAUUUAGUGAGAGCCUUCCUCAACCUCUCCAGGAAUGCCAUCGGGCUCUCAUUUUGUGUUUGUAAAAUAGUGGCUAAUUGGCAUAAUUUAAGGGCUAAAUCUUAGAUUUGCUUAGUUUUUUUUCAAAAAAUCUGUCACUAAGAGUCUGAUUUAACAAAAGCAUUACAUCUUUCCAGUUCAACUCAAAAACAUACAUAAUGUUCUGAAAA